AACCGCCCAUAUAUCAACCCAUUUACCCAGGAAUCCAAAAAUUCAAUCAAACAACGCCAUGUAUUCCCUUCGCGCUGCUACCAAACAUUCCCGUACUCUCUCCGCCCAGCUUCGCGUCGCGCCGUCGCACACGCGUACAUUCUUCUCUCCAUUCCCUGCCUCAAACAAGUCACCCUUGACGACCCCUCCGUCCGCCUCACCUACGAGCACCGACAAACCCUCGACCGUCUACGUCGUCUCAGAGCCCGACGCCUCCGAUCGCCCCUAUUCCGUCCCAUCCGGCGCCUUCCCCACCUCCGCCCCCUUCAUCGACUUCCCCCAAUCGACCACAGCGCCCAACCCCGGAGAGAACAAUGUGAGUUCGACGAGCCCUAACAGAGCACACCCGAAUCUCACGAAGCGAGUGCCGCACAAUGAAGCAGGAGUAGGCGAUAGUGCGGCCGUGAGGAAUCACGAAGCGCCCGGUGAGCUGGCGGACAAGGGAGGCGGGUAUGGAGGGUUGGGGUUGAUGGAUGCGAAGACGACGAGGGCGCCGGAGAGUGGAGAGUUGGCGGAGAGGAAUCCGCCGCCGAUUGGGGAGGUUGGAGAGGAGAUUUCGAGGAGGGGGUUGAAGGAGGCUUGGAAGGACCGGAAAUAGACGAAUAUAGACGCGGUCGGAUAGGGGCUUGGGGUUAUGAAAUUCGGUUUGAAUAAUACUUUUCUUGUUCGCUGUAACACCAUUUCUUGCAACUCGGGGUUGUGUACGAUACCUUUUAUGUGUGGCGCCUUCGUCGUUCUCCUACGUUAUACUUCAUUUGCCGUGGUGUCUCCGCUGAUACUGUCCAUUUCUUGAGGAUAACCGUCAAAAGUGUGUUCCAUGUCCCUUCGGAGUUCGACCCAAGUGCCAUAUAUCCUACGUCUGUCCAAAAUUAAUGGUUCAUAAC